ACACAGGCGAGGGCAGAAGUAUGAGACACGGGUGACCAGGAAGUGAGAGCCGAGACUGGAGAGAAGGGCGGACAAAUCCUAGGCGGCAGGAGAAACCCGACCCGGGAUCCGAAUACCACAAUUUCUUCCUUUCCGGAUCAGGGGUCCUUUGCAGUCGGGGGCUAGGGGAAACACCUGAACAUGUGGAAUCCCAGUGCCGGGUAUCAAGGGCCAAACCCAUGUCCACCCAACCCUGGGUGCCCUGGAGGUGCCUAUCCUGUGUGUCCACCACAUGCACCACCUGUCAAUCCAGCCUUUCCUCCUGGCUCCUGCCCCCCACCCCCAGGAGCUCCCCCGGGGAAUCCAUGUGGGCCUGGUUAUCCUGUGCCCCUGCCGGGGUGUCCAAGACCCCAACCCUCAGGUCCCUAUCCUCCUCCAUGCCCUGGCAUGCCUCCUGUGAAUCCUUUGGCCCCUGGCAUGGUGUGCCCAGGGAUGGUGAUGGAUAAGAAGAUGCGGAAGAAAAUGAAGAAAGGUCAUAAAAAGGGACACAAACACCACAAGCAUGGCAAGCAUUCCUCCUCUUCCUCCUCUUCCAGCAGUGACUCUGACUGAACACAGGGCCUGGACCCUCCCCUGGAGUGUCACCAGUCCUGCUCUCCCAUCAAGCUUCAGCUGCUGCGCGUAGAGCUGGGGGAGAUUAGCCCUUGUGCCCCCACCUUGCCCUGCCCCACCCUUCUCCUGCUCUUCAGCCCUGCCCCCUAGGAACAUGGGAAGAGGACUGCCCUGGGAUAGCAAAGACCAUCCUCUCACUGCUUGAUAGAUCUAUAGCUGAGCUAAAUGCUGAAAAUAAGCUUACAAUCUGUAAAAUGUGAUCUUUUUUGCACUUUCUUUUGUAGUACUUACAGUUGGGGGGUUUGGGGGAAAUUUCAUGACGAUGGAAAACCUGUACUUCUUUUGUAAUGAUGGCACAUUGGGGUGACUUAGUGACAAAUAUAUUUGCCAGCCUCCUGAAUGCUGGGAUCACAGGUGUGCAUCACCACACCCAGCUUCCAGCAGGUCUUUUAUUGAUUGUAUAACUAAGGCUGCUUGGAAAUACAGUAGUCUGUUUGGUUGACGAACCUAACUGCCCUUUUAGAAGCUUAUCUCUAUCGUUACCUCAGACUAUUUCAGGUCCUACUCAUGCUCCAGCUUUCAGUGCAAAUAAAACUAUUUCUCCUGAUCUCUGUUAACCAUUACCUUGGCUGGGCUCAGCACAUUGGUCUACUUUGGCUGUCCUGAGGAUGCUUUAAAGAAUAUGAGUUUCAAAAAAAAUAAAUAAAUAAAAAUGAGUUUCACCAUAA